AUGACAUUAGAAUUACCACAGGAGAAACGGGUUAAGAUCAGAGAGAUGAUAGAUAUUUUAUUGAAGAUGGAAAGAGUUAAAGUCAAGGUUAUAGCUAAAUGUAUAGGUGUUUUGGUGGCAGCAUGCCCAGCCGUAGCCUAUGGAUGGCUUUAUUAUAAGCAUUUAGAACUAAUUAAAAGAAAUGCUUUAAGAUCUAAUUUUAAAAGAAUGGACAAAUGGAUAACCUUAUCUUUAGAAGCAAAAGAGGAGUUAAAAUGGUGGCAAUCACAAAUAUUAAUUGCUAAAAAUAAAAUAAGAUCAAGUAACUUUGAUUUGGAGAUAUUCUCUAAUGCUUCCACGACAGGCUGGGGAGCCAUUUGUGGUAAUAAAAAGGCCAAUGGUUUUUGGAAUAGGGAAGAAAGGGAAAUACACAUCAAUUUUUUAGAAAUUAAAGCAGCCUUUUUGGCUUUAAAAUGCUUCGCUGCCCAUAGCCUUAAUAAACAAAUACUGUUAAGAAUAGAUAAUAUUACAGCAUUAGCCUACAUAAAUAAGAUGGGUGGUAUUAAACAUAAAGAGUUACACGCUUUGACCAAAGUAAUUUGGGAAUGGUGUAUUGAGAGAGAGAUUUGGAUUUUUGCUGAAUACAUUGCUUCUAAAGAAAAUAUUGCUGACGAGGGGUCUCGAAUAACCAAUGUUGACACAGAAUGGGAGUUAGCUAAUUUUGCUUUUCAAAAAAUAGUUAAAGAGUUUGGUUAUCCUUCAAUAGAUUUAUUUGCUUCACGUGUAAAUCAUAAGUGUAAGAGAUAUUGUUCUUGGGAUAGAGACCCAGAUGCUCAAGAAACUAACGCACCCACUGGCCUCGGACCUUACCCUGGUGGCAGGAGUGUUAUCAGGCAGAGCUUUAAGAAAAAGAAUCUGGAAGAAACCACAAUAGAUAUUAUGACAUCUUCGAUAACAGAGAGUACGACAAAACAGUACAAUACAAGUCUCCAAUAUUGGUGGAAUUUUUGUAAAGACAAGGAACAGGAUCCAUAUUAUGCAGAAGAAGAUAUUGUUAUUAACUGCCUGACAAAGAAAUUUAAUGAAGGAGCAGCAUACGGCACCUUGAACACACUCAGAUCUGCUAUAUCCUUGAUAAAUCAACAUGACAACUCAAAUAGCUCAUUAAUUAAUAGAUUUUUUAAAGGCGUAUACAAACUAAGACCUACUGCACCAAAAUACUGCAGUACGUGGAACGUGGAUGACGUGUUAGAUAUGUUAGAGACUUGGAGUCCAUUAGAAUCUUUAAAUCUACAGAAUCUCACUUUAAAACUAGUCAUGUUAUUAGCACUGGGGUCAGCAUUUAGAGUACAAUCACUAGCUCUUAUUAAAUUAAACAAUAUAAAGAAAUUACCUAGCGGAAUAGAAAUAAGGAUUUUAGAUCUCAUAAAAACUUCAAAACCAGGAGCAGCACAGCCAUAUGCCUUUUUUCCUUUCUUUACAGAAAGGACAUCGCUGUGCAUUGCAAGAACAUUAUUAUAUUACAUGCAAGCUACUAAAGAUAUUAGAGGUGAUACACAAGAAUUAUUUAUCUCUUUCAAGAGACCAUACAAGAAGAUAUGUUCUCAAAGUAUUAGUAGAUGGCUCAAGACAGUCAUGAGAGAAGCUGGUAUAUCAGAAGAAUUUACAGCCCAUAGCACGAGACAUGCAUCUACAUCUAAAGCUGUAAAUCAAGGAUUAGAUAUAAGCAUUAUUAAGAAUGCAGCCACCUGGUCAGAAAAGUCCAAAGUUUUUAGUAAAUUUUAUAAUAGACCAAUUAAGGGUAAUGAAAGAAAUUUUGCUGAGACUGUUUUUUCAUAA